CAGCGUCAUCGACAGGCCAGUGAAAUCUCCGGGCCAGCUAAAAGCCAUAGCUGACAAAAGUAAUAAAAAUAAAAAUAAUAAAAAGCUGCAAGGAAAAACAAGAAAAUUGCUCAAACAACAUGAAAAUCAAACAUUAUCCGGGCAAAGCUGUCGAUGCGAGCCUCUCGCUGGACAACGACAGCGCCAUGAGCGCCCUGUAUGAGGCCAACUGGCUGCAGGCGCAUCAUCAGCACCAUCGCGCGCAAACGACGCAGCCCACACUCAGCCGACAGCCGAGCAAUGCCGGCUCGAGCAGUUUCCUGCUCGAUGGCAUCUCGGCUCUGAGCAAGUAUCAAAUGACGCUGGAGAACAUUAGGCGGCUGGAGCAGCAGGCGCAGGACAAGCGCAUUGUGAGUGCCAUCAAGGAGCUGAAUGGCUACAGGCCGUCGGCGCUGCAGCAUCACCAGCAGCAGCAGCUGGACAAUGGCUGGGUGGCUGAGGAGGAAACGGAGGCGGAGGAGCAGCAAUUGAGAGAGAAACCAAAAACUGACAAUGCUCCAACGCCAAGCGCCGCCAACGUUAAUCACUAUGUAGUUGAUCCAACGGAACGCCAGCGCCUGCCACGCCCACGGCAGCAGCUGUCCGUGAAGCCGCCCUCGCUGCGUCGCAGUCAGACGAUGCUGCAGCAUCCGCCGCCCAGUUAUGUGACACUGCGUGCGCCCAAAUCGAAACCCGCCCAACACAACAGCAGCAACAGCUCCUCCGCCUACUCCACAUUCUCCUCCGCUGCCGAGGAUCGGCCAGCGGAGCGUGUCAUCUGCCAGCAGCCGUUGCGCCUGCUCCAGCCACCCACAGAGCCGCCGCCACCUCCGCCCACAGCCGGCAGCAAAGCAGCGCGCGCCUUCAAGCCGCUCAGCAGAUCACAGACGAGCGUGCAGCGCUAUGCCACCAUCCGCAUGCCCAACCACUCCGCCUCCUUCUGCCGGACUACAGCGCGUGCCGCAGAAACGCCAGACAUCAGACGGCACAGCCUGGAGCAGGCGCUGCAAGGCCUGCAGCUAGAGGAGCAGCUGCCAGUGCCGGCUGCUGCAGAGCCAGUUGUGAGCAGGCAGCCCGAGAGACAGACGUCGCGUCACAUCUCGCCUGGGUCCAGCAGCAAUGGCAGCGCAAAGGAUCUCAACGGCGAGGGCUUCUGCAUACCGCGACCACGCCUCAUUGUGCCCGUGCACACAUACGCGCGACGCCGUCGCACCGGGAAUCUCAAGGAGCAGUCGGGCAAAGCGCAGGACGAGGAUGUAACCAGUGAUGGACGCGUGGAGGUGUCACGCGAGGGCAAGUACCUGUCGACGCUCUCCGGCGCCAAGGUGCUGGGCGAAUUGGCCAUUUUGUACAACUGCCAGAGGACGGCGACAAUCACAGCGAUCACCGAAUGCAAUCUGUGGGCGAUCGAGCGUCAAUGCUUCCAGACGAUCAUGAUGCGAACGGGCCUCAUUCGGCAGGCGGAAUACACGGAUUUCCUCAAGAGUGUGCCCAUUUUCAAGGACUUGGCCGAAGAUACACUGAUCAAAAUCUCCGAUGUGCUUGAGGAGACGCACUACCAGCGGGGUGAUUAUAUUGUGCGCCAGGGCGCUCGCGGCGACACCUUCUUCAUCAUCUCGAAGGGCAAGGUGCGUGUGACAAUCAAGCAGCAGGAUACCCAGGAGGAGAAAUUCAUCCGCAUGCUGGGCAAAGGUGACUUCUUUGGCGAGAAGGCGCUGCAGGGAGAUGAUCUGCGCACAGCCAACAUCAUUUGUGAGUCGCCCGAGGGUGUCAGCUGUUUGGUCAUUGAUCGCGAGACAUUCAAUCAGCUAAUAUCGAGCCUGGACGAGAUCAAGCAUCGUUAUGACGAUGAGGGUGCCAUGGAACGCAGAAAGAUCAAUGAGGAGUUCCGCGACAUUAAUCUGACAGAUCUGCGUGUGAUCGCCACACUGGGUGUGGGAGGCUUCGGGCGCGUGGAGCUGGUGCAAGUGAAUGGCGACAACUCGCGUUCGUUUGCCCUCAAGCAGAUGAAGAAGUCGCAGAUUGUGGAGACGCGUCAGCAGCAGCACAUCAUGUCCGAGAAGGAAAUAAUGGGCGAGGCCAACUGCCAGUUCAUUGUGAAGCUGUUCAAGACCUUCAAGGACAAGAAGUAUCUGUACAUGCUGAUGGAGAGCUGUCUGGGCGGCGAGCUCUGGACGAUAUUGCGUGAUAAGGGCAACUUCGAUGAUGCCACCACUAGAUUCUAUACGGCUUGCGUGGUUGAGGCAUUCGACUAUCUGCACUCGCGCAACAUUAUCUACAGGGAUCUGAAGCCGGAGAACCUGCUGCUGGAUGAGAAGGGAUACGUGAAGCUGGUGGACUUUGGCUUUGCCAAGAAGCUGCAGACGGGCCGCAAAACCUGGACUUUCUGUGGCACGCCCGAAUAUGUGGCGCCCGAGGUGAUACUGAAUCGAGGCCAUGACAUAAGCGCCGAUUACUGGUCGCUUGGCGUGCUCAUGUUUGAGCUGCUCACGGGAACUCCACCGUUUACGGGCUCGGAUCCCAUGCGCACAUACAACAUUAUACUUAAGGGCAUCGAUGCCAUCGAAUUUCCGCGCAAUAUCACACGCAACGCCAGCAAUCUGAUCAAGAAACUGUGUCGCGAUAAUCCCGCCGAGCGUUUGGGCUAUCAACGCGGCGGCAUUAGCGAAAUACAGAAACACAAAUGGUUCGAUGGCUUCUAUUGGUGGGGCCUGCAGAAUCGCUCUCUGGAGCCACCAAUAAAGCCCAGCGUGAAGAGCGUUGUGGACACAGCCAACUUCGAUGACUAUCCACCCGAUCCGGAGGGACCGCCACCAGAUGAUGUUAGUGGCUGGGACAAGGAUUUCUAGUGUAGAAAACGUACGGAAUGUUUUUUUUUUACAUUUUUUUUGACGCUGCUCUCUAGCGAACGAUGUCGCGCAGCUGCUGCCACUGGAGAGAGAGGGUUAUUGAUAAGCGAUCGGUUGGAUCUUAACUAGUGCGCCAUUUGUGUGCCAAAGCAAUAGUCAGGAUCAGCCUUCCACAAUAAUGAAAGCUGAUCCCCCAAGUAGCAGUCGCAACGCCUAGGGUCCUCAUACUACUAAUCGUCGUAACCAUAUAUCGUAAUCGCAAAAAAAAAAAAGAAGAAAAAGAAA